UUCCUUUUCCUCCAACUCCUCAGUUUGACUUUGAAUCUCAGCGGAUGCUGGCUGCGUGUGGCACUCAAGAGCAUGUGGGAUUCAAGAAAUGGGAGCCUUUCUUGUCCCCAGUACCCAGGGGCCGGGCUGGAGCCCCCUCCUUCUUCCGUCUUCCAUCCCCAAUUCAAGCAGGCUGGUUCAAGGGCGUCGCUCUUUAAAUACACUCCACCAUGGCAGGUCUUCUGUACAACUCUGGGGUCCACAUUGCAGAAUCUACAAAGCCCAGUUGUUGAUGCAAACAUUUCUCAAGAAAACUGGAUGACCCAAGAGAUCCCUGUCACCAAGGAACAUCUCCCACGAACUCAAGACAUCCAAAAUAUCUCUCUUCCAAAAAUGGAGUCCAACACCAGAGACAUUCUCCUCAAUUCCCCUCAGAACACAGAGCUCAGUUAUGAAGGUCAGCAUGAGCAGAGUGGUCAACAAGUGGUCUUACAACAAGAAAUUGGACUUGAGGACAAAGAUGAUGAGUUUCUUGAUUUGGUUCACCCUGAUUUGAAGGUUGAAAAUGGAUGGAGAAUGUUAGAUCCCACAGAAGAUCAAUCCCAGUGGAUGGGCAAAUCCAUAAAUGGAAGGGCAGAUCUCUGGACGCCACCCCCAGACAGAGAAUCCAAGUUGGAAGUAGUCAAAUCUGGCUCACUCUAUGACAUCCGGUCUUACAAAGGGGAGAAGAAGAAACCUUCCAGGCUCUAUGAAGACAAUGAUGAGGAGUUGCAAUAUAAGAUUCCCUCCAAGGAUGUCUCACCAGAGAUAACCAAACAACUAGAAGACGAACGGCAGGAGAUCAUCAGGAGCCAAGUUGUGAAAAAAAGCAAUACAGUGGCAGAAAAAUGGAGCUCCAUGAAUGAGCUGGAAGCCAUUAACACACUCUCUAUUGGCAAGGUUACAACAGAGCCCAAAAGGAACUUCUCCACUAGCUUUGCUCUUUGUUUUGACAACCCUUCCCCAGACUGGGCAAGCACCCAUGUCAAUCCUGAGAACAUAGAUACAGAACAGAUCAGUUUUGCCGCUGCUCGACAACAGUUCCUUGUGCUGGAAAAGACUAAUCCAAAGAUGCUGUUGGAACCCAAGAAACAAGUUCCUUCUGUGAGGGAACUGAAGGCAACAAGCCAUGUUUAUGGGAGUAAAGAACCUCAGGAUCCUGAAAUGCCAAGGAAGGAUAAGGAUUCAGAUGAGUACAGUCAGAGACAAUUGAGAGGAUCUUCAAAGGGGGAAGAUCUUCUCAUUCUCCCACAAAGAGAAGCCGAUUCUUAUUCAGGGACUAGUUUCAUUUCUGGAGAAAAAAUGCCUUCUGGCUUGAGGGAAACACUCCCUGAUUUGAGCACGGGGAAUGUUAAUGGAAGGACAUCCAAGAAGGAAUUAGGAAAUCCUCUGGCCAGAGGCCAAGGUCCUGCAAAAGAGCCAGAAGUUAGGAAUGAGACCCCCAUUGAGCGGGAAAUCAGAUUGGCCAUGGAGAGGGAGGAGAACCUUUGGAAAGAGAGGGGCAUCCAGCGAACCGCUAACAGAGAUGAUCUGGUGGAGAUCCGAUCCAAGCCUCUCCUCUUGUCCCCAGUCUCUUCUCCAGCUUCCUCCAGGAAAGGGAAAGAUAAACCUCGCAUUUCCUUUUAUGUCCAGAGGGAGAUUGAGCAGGAAGCCAAGCGUGAGGAGGACCUGCAAAAGGAAGGGAGGUUGCCGGGAACGUAUGACCGAGGACUUCGCCAAGAGCUUGCAGAACGUCGGAAAAUUUUUGAGCGGGAGGAGGAAGAGGCUCCAUUGCCUUCUCUGUGCAAACAAAAGGAACUGGGUGAGCUGCUGGAGCCCCUGAAUGGAGACCCUGCACCAGUCUGCUGCAACACUGUCCCACACAGAGAGGACAGAGAAAGAAUUGUAAGCCAGAAUGUGAACUGGAGCACUGAGAUCCAUCAGCCCUCUUCAGUUCCAGCUGUUGGCAAGAAAACCCCAGGAAAUGAACUAUCCUUAAAACCGUGCUGCGCUGCUUCUACCCCAAAGAUGGAUUUUCCUAGCCGAAGGUCUUCCUGUAGCCAGGAUUUGAAAGCUCCAAGAGACAAGUUCGUGCUAAAGAAGCAACAUUUUGCCAUUCCGGUUCAGAAAUUACAGUUCUCUUUUCCUGAAGGUCAGAGACCUCCAAGCCUUCAGGAAAAGGAGCAUAAGCCUCAGAAAGCAGCUCCACGGGAUGAGCUUUAUACUGUGAAGACCUGGCGGCCCCGGACAUCCGCCCUGAUUGACCAGGAGAUCCAGGAUGCUUUGCAAAGAGAACUGGAACUCCAAGAGCAGAGAAGAAAGACCAGAUUGACCACUGAGGAGCUCCCAAGUUCCCAGGUGUCGUCUCAAAGUUCAGCUACAUCAGGAGAUGCUGGCUGGUACCCUGUCUCCUCUUCGCCUGUUUUUGUUCCUAAUUCACCCGUAAGGUUACCUACUUCACCCAUCUUGUAUCGAACCAGUUUGGCAACAAAUGCCCCUGAAUCAAACUUCAGAACGUGCCAGACUCCAACACAAUCCUGGGUGAGGCCAAAGGAGGAAGGGAAGUAUGCUGGAAUUGAACUCCACGAUGAGAUUGACAGUGAGGUUGUGAAAUCCAUCAAGCCAAUCUGCCGUAGGAGCGUCCUGGCUCAGCUUUGGGAGACGGGGCAGAUCCGGAACAUAGACGAUGACAGUGACUGAUGAAAACACCCCUGUUGUGUUAACGCAAUUCAAGAAAAGAAUCAGAUCUGCCAAAAUGGCUCCAGGCAUGGUGCCACCAGGGCUUCCUUCUGUUUUUUACACAUUUAAAAAUUCCCUCCACCCUUUUUUAAUUUAAUUCAGUGAUUGGGUCUUGCUGACUAACCUACAUGCAGUCACAGAAGUUUGUUUCUUCGAUUAUAAGAUGCUCUCCUUGGUUCUCCACAGUAGGAUCUGAUCCUGCUCACAGUUUCUGUGGUACCCAUUUCUAUCCCAAGCCUGCUACCAGAGUUGGCCCCUGUCUGCCAUUUCCUUAAGGCUCUGAUGGCCUGAAAUCCAGAGAAAGGCUUUGUAAAAUCAGAGAUUAUAACUGCCCGGCAAUCUUUUAAUCUCUGUACUUUUCAGUUAAACACUGGCUGGAAGAAAAGGUGGCAAGCAGGAAUAGAAAAAACAAAACAAAACAGAAUACAGAAGUGAAGUUAAUUUCUCAUCUUCUGGUGCAUGGACUUGCUCAUCACUUAAGUUUCAACUUCUUAGGAAGAUCUCAGUGGCUUGGACAUUUGGCAAAUAGUUUGCACCUUCUGUGUAUGUUUCAGUGCAUAUUUAGUCCUGUUUUCUUGAGAGCAUAACUCCUAAAAUUCCCAGUUGGGAAGACUGUGUUGA